UCUCCAUUGCAGAAAACACUGAGGCGCUUCAGAAUGUCGGUGAAAUACCCGAGUUUACGGCAACACUUUACGAGAGUCUUUUUCUGGGGUUUCCCAAUAUUGACUUGGCACCUGUCAUACAAAAAGUUCAAGAAAAACGGUAUGAGAGCAUCUCAGAAAGCGAGCUUCGUCUAUUGGAGCACUACGAAGAAAGUAAACAAAGUAUUAACUUGUCGGCACCUUCGACCAUCACUCCCUCCCUGAACAAAACGGAGAAGAGUGAAGAGAAAGAAGUUGAGAAGCAAGGGGCAUUAGGGGAACGCUUCUCCAAAGAUACCAAUUUCUUGGAUACAAAAACUCUUCCUUGCAAGAUGUCACUGACGGAGGCGAUGAUGGAUCGGGCGUUUUCUCCUUCCAACAGGUUUUUACAUGCGGUUGCUCGCUGCGACCCCGCGUUGCGCUCAUCGCUUGAGGUUAUGGAAAGAAUUAAGCGGCAUGCGCUGCUUGACCCGGUGUUUCAGGCUGCAGUAGAAGAGGCACAUGCGUGGGAGGAGACGUCUAUACAGAAACAUCUCCAAAAGGGCGGUGUCAGUGCAAAAGGCGAGACGCGCAAGCAACGUCGACUGCGGCGUGCCGAGGGCGGUGUCACCCCGAUUCUUGGCGGUCCGCUUGCCAAACCGCAACAUGCGGCUGACAUCCCAUACUAUUACGGUAAUAUCCGCAGUUUUGUGCCACCGCAAGGGCGGUACAACAUGCCAGCGCCCCGUUUGUCGCGGGAGGAGGCUGCCCAAUUGCGUAACCGAGAGCGCAAGCAGAAGAAAUCACGAAUGCGUUACAGCCAGUAA